CCCUUUUCAUAUUCCAAGUGCUACCUUCCAUCAACCAUUCCAUUCCCUUCAUAACCUACCAUUCACCUUUUCUAUCUUCUUCCAUCCGUAGCUGCAAGAUGGUGACUGUUGCUGAGAUCCGCCAGGCACAAAGGGCAGAAGGCCCUGCCACCGUCUUGGCCAUCGGCACAGCAACUCCUCCAAACUGUGUCGAACAAAGUACCUAUCCUGAUUACUAUUUCCGUAUCACAAACAGUGAGCACAAGACCGAGCUCAAAGAAAAAUUCAAGCGCAUGUGCGACAAGUCAAUGAUUAAGAAGAGAUACAUGCACUUGACUGAAGAGAUCUUGAAGGAGAAUCCUAACAUAUGCGAGUAUAUGGCACCUUCAUUGGAUGCAAGGCAAGACAUGGUGGUCGUGGAAGUACCAAAACUAGGAAAAGAGGCUGCAACAAAGGCCAUCAAGGAAUGGGGUCAACCCAAGUCCAAGAUUACCCAUCUCAUCUUUUGCACCACAAGCGGUGUGGACAUGCCUGGUGCAGAUUACCAGCUCACAAAGCUCUUAGGCCUUCGCCCAUACGUGAAGCGUUUCAUGAUGUAUCAACAAGGUUGUUUUGCUGGUGGCACGGUGCUUCGUAUGGCCAAAGAUUUGGCUGAAAACAACAAAGGUGCUCGUGUGUUGGUUGUUUGCUCUGAAAUCACUGCAGUUACUUUCCGUGGACCCAGUGACACUCAUCUUGAUAGUCUUGUGGGACAAGCACUGUUUGGAGAUGGUGCAGCUGCUGUCAUUGUUGGUUCAGACCCAUUACCUGAGGUCGAAAGGCCUUUGUUUGAAUUGGUAUGGACUGCACAAACAAUCCUCCCAGAUAGUGAAGGAGCCAUUGAUGGUCACCUUCGUGAAGUGGGGUUGACAUUCCAUCUUCUGAAGGAUGUUCCUGGUCUAAUCUCAAAGAACAUUGAGAAAGCUUUGGUGGAAGCCUUUCAACCACUAAACAUCUCAGAUUACAACUCCAUCUUUUGGAUAGCACACCCUGGUGGACCAGCAAUUCUUGAUCAAGUGGAGGAAAAAUUAGGCUUAAAGCCAGAAAAAAUGCAAGCUACCCGACAUGUCCUUAGCGAAUAUGGUAACAUGUCAAGUGCUUGUGUAUUAUUUAUUUUGGAUGAAAUGAGGAGGAAAUCAAAAGAAGAUGGAUUAGCCACAACCGGAGAGGGACUCGAAUGGGGUGUGCUAUUUGGUUUUGGACCAGGACUCACUGUUGAGACCGUCGUACUCCAUAGUGUUGCAGUUUAAUUGCCUGAAUACCCUUUAAUAUACUAUACUAAUAUGUUCUUUCGACAAUAUUCACUUGUUCUUUUUCAUUUUUUUGGGAAGGGUUAAAGCUUCACUUGCUUCGUUGAGCACUUGAAUAAAGUUCAUUUUUAAUAUUAAAGUUCGUAAUGAUUUUGCCAAAUGUAUUGUUCAUGUCGAAUUUGUAAACGGAUGUUUGAAAGAUUAGCAAUUUUUAAUUUAUUUGUAUUUCAGAGUUAAAAGAGACAUUUCAGUUG